CCCCACCCCUGAUCAUUUGCUCGGUUGUUUUGUUCGUGUGGCCGUGAUGUGGUGAUAGAGAAAAAAAGGCCUACAUUGUAAAAGUUUGUCGAUUCUUCGAAAUUCGGCGACACCAACGCAUAUCGACGGCUUUCUUGUGAUUUUUAAAUAAUAUCACAUUUUAAUUUCCGUGUGCUGGCACAUUCUGUUGUCUACUUAAUUAUUGAAUAAUACAUUCUGGCUGCCUCGAGCCAGUGUCCGAUAUCAAUCAAUAACAGUUCUGCAAGCGCACGUCAAACAUGUUGCCGUAACCUGUCAACAUGAAAGUAUUUAAAUGACUGUAUUCCAAUUCGGCAGUGUGUUAAUUGACUGUCAUGGACCAUCUUCUUGAUUUGUUUAUGGCUCGCAUGGCUGCCAAUGAAUUUUAUGCCACUGAUUCUGAAAGUGGUGAUUCGGAGGAUAUUGAUGGAGUUGAUUUUGAAGAUGACAUAGCUAGCAAUUGCUCUGUGUAUGGUUCUACGACAAGCAACGAAGGUGACACCCAUGAAGAAUUUGAUGAUCUUGAUGAUGAAGAUUGUGGAAAUAACAAUGAUAAUUCUAUACUUGAUGAAAUGAAUGAUGAGCAUGACUAUGCUGGCAAUGACCAAGAAAUUGACAUGGAUGUAAACAUUGAUCACCAGUAUGAAGAAGAACACAAUCAUGUCCAGGCUAUACCACAGGUUGAUGGGUUUUUACAUUUUGAACAAGAUUAUGAUAAUGAAUAUGAUCCCGCAAUCCAAAAUGGCUAUGUGAAUCAUGAGCAUGAUUAUGCCCACGAUGGUCAAAGGGAUGGAGUUGUUGUGGAAGUCCAUCCUGUGAACUCACAACUGCAGCGCACUGGAGCCUUUUCCAGUAUAAACAGUAUUCUUUCAACUGACAGUCAGAACUUCCCAGCAUCUGAGGAAAUUCAAUUAGCUAAAGAAUCAGCUCAGGUCCCUCCUUUCCAAUCAUGUCAUUACUAUAGGCCAUCGGACAGUCAUCCGCAAAUUGCUACUGCUGAGUCGACAGAGUCUUCCUUCUCUGGACAUGGUGUUAAGAGAAAUAAUGGUAUGGUGUGUUUAGAUCCAGUUGAACUUAAAAGAGUAAAAAAUGAAGAAUGUCCCCCUCAAGCAAUAGGAGCGGAAAUCACUAUUAGGACAGAGGAAAUUGCUGCUUCAGAAUUCCUGAAUGACAAACAGUACCCAAAUAUGAAUUCUCUCUCAGAUGACAUAUUAUUAGAAAUAUUUAGCAAACUGGGUGUCAAUUCACUUAUUAACCUAGCUCCUGUGUGCAAGCGCUGGUAUGAGUUGUCUAAGCACAAGAGCUUGUGGCUGCGAGAAGAUGUGGUCUGUGAUCCCUAUCGUGUGCAUCAGUUCUUGCGCCAUGUUCGUGCGGCUAAGUACCUUCGCACUGUUGAUGUCAGUGACAUGCAUGCUGCACAUGGAGAAGUUUUAUUGACUCUAUUGAAUGGUCCCAAGAACGUUCGGCGUUUUAGUUGUUUCUGUGUGGCUCAUCCAAGGGUAAUAGUAGAGCUAUUGGAACGCUACCAAGACACUCUAGAGGAGCUCAAUAUUUCCAUAUCUGAUGAACGUUUAUCAUAUGGUGAAGGUGGAACAUUUAAGGAUGGCGUAAAGCCAAGGCCUGGUUACCUUUUAAAGUUAAUCUCCGAGAUGAAAAAUUUGAGGGUCAUUCGCUUCACAGGCACAAUGCCAUCCAUUGGACAUCAUCAAGGGAGAGUAAAUCCGAAGUGGUACUUCGGGGAACUUGAAAGUUCUGAACUCAGACUGCAGGCAAUUGCAAUGAAGAUAGAAAACCCAAGAGAAAUACUUGUACAAAAAUUUAUCAUACCAUUUUUGAAAAGCAAAAUACCAUUCCUUAAAGAAUUGCGCCUUACAAGUGAUAUUUGGAAAAACAAAGAUGUGCAGGAAAUUGUACGGAACUGUGAUAAACUUGAAGCUUUAGUUAGAUUUCCAAUUGAUAGCCUACAUGCUUUAGAAAAUUGCAAACAACAGUUCUUCAUUGAUUUUAUUCUUGGGUCGUGGAUUGACUUUCAAAAAAUACAAAGGGAUUUGAUUGGUUAUAAAGGCCUGUCGCACAUUCAUGAAGUAUCUCUCCGUUUCUGUGAUCAGCUUUACAUUAAAUCUGAUGAGCAGAUUCCUGAUACAAGGCUUGAGACAUUUCUUCCAAUGUUGGCUGGGAGGCUCCAUUCCUGCAAGCGAGUUCAUAUUUACAGAUGGGAUGCAGCACCUCCAUUUGUUGAGAGUGUCCAUAGUACCUGUGCUCUCGCCAAGUUCUUAUUUGCCUUGCGCCGUACCCUUGAAGAAGUGCACAUCUCUGAUGCAUUUAGAGGUGGUCGACACUUUCCCCAACUAAUGAAGGCUAUAAGAGAGAGUGUACCUCAUUUGAAAUCUAGGGGUAUUGCCGUGAAUCGCCUAGGUAAUCGAGGUCUUCUCUUUUCAGUCAGAAGGAAGUCAGACAGUAUUAUUUCUAACACUGGACCACUCCUCCUUGAACAUGGAAGGAUUGAAUUUGCAAAUCAUGGUCCUAACUAAUUGAAUUAUGUAGCCAGAAGAAACCAAAGUACUGAAGCCCAAGUUUAUUGGUUGGAAGUAGAUAAGGUUCCCAUUUACCCCAUUGCCUUUUCCUUGUAGUUCUAGUCAUACUGUGAAAUUUCAAAUCUUUUGUUUUGAUUUUAAAUUUGUUUCUACUUUUUUAGUUAUGUAGAAUGUUGUAAUUAAGUGUUCUACCCAUUGUAAGAAAUGUUCAGGAAUACAUGAAAGAGAAACAAUUUGAUAAGAGAAUUGUAAAAUGCUCAUAGUGUAAUUAAUCAUACCAAACAGUAUUUUCCUUCCCUUAGAGUUUACUGCAUUUGUUAGAUGGUUUAAGGCAAUCUUGAAGAAUACAAAUGGAUCAGUUCUUUAUAGUCUUGGAUGUAAUGCAUGUUCCUUGUUUAUUUAUAUACUGCAUUACUCAGCCUUGAUGAAAUUAUCUGAAACAACAUAUUACUGUAUUAUCAAGUGAAGCUAUUAUUUAUCAAGUGUUUGUCAUGUCAAAUUCAUGCAGUAUAUUCACUUCAUUGCUCUAACUUAGACUUUAUUUUAAUAGUAAGAUUGUGUCACAAUUUAUUAUUAAUGGGGAAAUUAUAUUGUCAGUGUUGUUCAAAAUUUAGUUUUGAUGAAAUUUUGAAAUGAGAAAAUGAGAUUGUGCAUUUGCAUUAUUAUAACCUUAAAUUUAAAAUGUAAAUCAACACUGAUAAAAUAAUAUCUUGGUAUAUUUAUUUUUGAUAUUCUUGUAUCAUAAAAAUAUAGUGAACUCUAUUAUACUUUCUAUUUGAAGUAUAAAACUUCCUGUAACUGCCACCUUUGUUGGGAAAUGUUUGUUCAUUUCUCUUAUCUUUCUUUCCUUAGAACUGUAAGUUAAGUAUUACUGUUGCCAUCUUAUCUCUUGGUAUAGUUCCUUGAAAGAAAAGUUGUGGUGCAAUUAUCCCUUGGAACUGAAGAAUACAUGAGAACAGGGAUAGUUGAUGCCACCUUUCCUCAUGAGUUGUCACUUUCAUUGUCAAUCUUUCUACACCUCAGGUUUGUGUCCAAUUUUCUUCAUGUUAUUCAAGAUAGAAGUCUUGUGGUGUGCAAAUAUUUUUGUUGUGAUGACUUUUAACCAAAUAAAUUGAUGGUGAAGUACUCUGUA